UGUUUGGGAAGGAAAAUGGAGGACGGGACACAAUUAUCCCGUUAACCAAAUUAUCUGCUUCGAAAGGAACAAAGCUAACCCACCAAAACACCUGGGUCACUUUUGUCCUGCCCUCUUUCGAAGCUUUCGUGAAUAACCUCUCAGCCUCUCACACAAAGUUGCUUCUGCCGGACCAUUCGCCUACUCUGUUCGAGAUCUCGCCAGAUCGUUGGCCGCUUCUUUUCGGUUUGAAACCCUCGGUGAGUCUGCUUCUUUGCUCUGUUUGUUUUCGUGUUCUUCAUAUUUGAUCUGGGAAAGAAGAAAUUGUGGAAUUCGUUGGAGUUGGAGGCUUUGAGUUGAGGAAGAUUAUAUACUACUCUAGUCUCCAGUAGUAACUCUAUCUCCAUUGUUGAAGAAGCCCUAGUCAAGAGAUGGAUGGAAGAAAAUUAGUUGUGAUUCAAUCUUUUUGUUGGGGCUUUAUGUUUAUCUUCUUUAUGUACAUGUAUGUAGUGUGGCAAAGGAGAAAUGAAAGAGGUGUUAGGAAUAGAAUAACUAGGAAUACCGAAUUGCGUACAUCUUUUAUAGAUAGUUUGUUGGACAAUGAUGUCACUUGUAUUAGUCAAUUGAGGAUGGAUAGGAGAACAUUUGUUAUUUUAUGUCGGUUAUUACGCCAGGAUGGAUAUGUGAAAAGAGAUGGUACUAUUACAUUGGAAGAGCAAGUGUGCAUAUUUUUGCACAUAAUUGCUCAUCAUACAAAAAACCGUAUAAUUAUCAGUCGAUUCUAUAGAUCAGGGGAGACAAUUAGUAGAUAUUUCAAUUCAAUAUUGAAUGGGGUGUUGCGCUUACAUUCCAUUUUGUUGAGGCAUUCUGAACCUGUGUCGGAUAAUUGCUCGGAUGAUAGAUGGAAAAUGUUUAAGAAUUGUUUGGGAGCAUUAGAUGGAACUUAUAUUAAGGUGAAAGUACCUGAAAUCGAUAAGCCAAGAUAUCGAACAAGAAAGGGUGAGAUAGCAACAAAUGUCUUAGGUGUAUGUAACCCGAAUAUGGAAUUUAUAUUUGUAUUACCGGGUUGGGAAUGCUCCGCUUCAGAUUCCAGAGUACUUCGAGAUGCAAUAAGUAGGCCAAAUGGAAUAAAAGUACCAACCGGUUGUUAUUACUUAGUGGAUGCUGGUUACACAAAUGGUGAAGGAUUUCUUGCACCAUAUAGGAAAACAAGAUAUCACCUUUUCGAAUGGAGAGAUGGUUGUGCACCCAUAAAUCAUCAAGAGUAUUUCAACAUGAAGCAUGCAUUAGCUAAGAAUAUCAUAGAAAGAUGCUUUGGGGUUCUUAAAAUGCGAUGGGCAAUUUUAAGAAGUCCAUCUUUCUACCCAAUUGCAACACAAAUCAAAACAAUUACUACAUGUUGUCUGAUACAUAAUCUGAUUAGAAGAGAAAUGACACUCGAUCUUGGAGAAGUUGAAUAUGAUAGGAUGGAAAAUGUGGACAUUAAUGAAGAGGAGGACAUUAUAGGAUCAAUUGCUUCCUCGGAUCGAUGGACGAAUUGGAGAGAUGAGUUAGCUAAGCAAAUGUUUGGUGAAUGGAGAGGUCAUCAUGAUUACUAGUUGAUGGUUAUGUAAAAAAUUAUGCUUUAACUGCUUAUUUAAUAUUGUUUGUUAAAUCUUUUGGAUAAUAUGUAUGAAGGCAAACUUAUAUUAUAUUAAGUGCAACAUUUGAGAUUUAUUGUUAUUUUGUUUGCAUCUUGUUUUGAUAAUGUUGGAAUCAUGAAAUGUUUACUUGAAUAACAAUGGAAGCUGGAGGUAGCAGUAACGAUUAUAAGGGGGGUGAAUCUAAGCGUACAUGGAGUAGAGGUGAGGAAGAAGCUUUGUUGGUUCUUUUAGAUGAAGCUGUAGCUAGUGGGCAAUAUUGUGACACGGGAGCAUUUAAACCUGGUACACUUAAUAUAAUUGAGCGGCAACUGGCUGAAAUAUGUUCUAACUCAGGAUUGCGAGCAACUCCAUAUAUUGAAUCGAAGCUAAAAAAGUGGAAGAAGCAAUAUGGCAUCAUAUACGACAUGCUGAACAAAAGUGGAUUUGGAUGGAAUGACACUCUUAAAUGUGUGGAGGUUGACAGUGACGAUGCUUGGAAAGCAUAUGUGCAGGCUUUGACUUUGUUAGGAAAACUACCUUUAUUGAAUUUUGUGUUUCUUAUCUUAAAUAUAUAAUGUUUUUACUAAAUGAUGGCUUUUUUAUUUUAGAAUAAUCCAAGUGCAAAAAGUUGGAGAGAUAAACAUUUUCUGAUAUAUGAGAGGCUUGCUAAUAUUUUUGGAAAGGAUCGGGCAACAGGACAUGAAGCAUAAACUCCAAUUGAUUUAGUUAAUGAUAUAAAUAUGGAGCCUGACAAUGACCAAUUUGAUGAUGUGGGUUCUCCAAUGUCUAUGAAUCAAACACAUAGUCAACUGCCCAUACAAUCCCAAUUAAGAGGUAAGAGGAAAGCUAAAUCGAAGGAUGUUGACAUCGUUAGCGGGUUAAACAAUGUAGCAGAUAAGUUUAUUGAUAAAUUGGCUACACAGUUAGACAAGUUAGAGAAGUCUGAUAUCAACUAUCCACAAUACUUAGCUAUGGAGCUUGACAGGUUAGGAUUCCCUAUUACUAACAAUCUCAAAAUCUCUAAGGCAAUGAGAUUGGAUCCAUCGAACGUUGAGGUUUUCAAGAUUAUUAAAACCGAUGAGCAGAAGAUUGAAUUUGCUUGUGGAUUUUUGGAUAACUAAAUUAGUAUUGUUGUGGAUUAUAUAUUUAUGGAUAUGUAUGAGAGGAUGACAACUAUGAACAUUUGGAAUUGAAACUUAUGGACAUAUAUUGUAACGUAUUGAAUGUUGGUUUCUAAUUAUGCAUGUACGGAUAAUUUUAUUAUUAUGUGUUAUGUUUUAGAAUAUUAACAUGCACUUUA